AAUUUACCCAACCAUUUUCCCGCCAAAAAUUGGAGAAUCGCGAUUCUGGAAUCUUCCGCGCCACUCCGUCGCUGCCGUCGAAAUCCGUCGCAAUGUCGAAGAAAAGGGGUCUCUCUUUGGAAGAGAAGCGGGAGAAGAUGCUUCAAAUCUUUUACGAGUCCCAAGACUUCUUCCUGCUGAAGGAGCUCGAGAAGAUGGGUCCCAGAAAGGGUGUCAUUGCUCAGUCUGUGAAAGAUGUUGUACAAAGUUUAGUGGAUGAUGACCUUGUUUCCAAAGACAAGAUUGGAACAUCUGUGUAUUUCUGGAGUCUACCUAGCUGUGCUGGUAAUCAGCUUAGAAAUGUGUACCGCAAACUUGAUUCUGAUCUUCAAAACAGUAAAAAUCGGCAUGCUCAACUUGUUGAGCAAUGUCAGGAGCUAAAGAAGGGGCGAGAGGAAUCUGAGGAACGAGCGGAGGCCGUUGCAGAUCUGAAAGCCGUUGAGCAACAGCACAAUGAAUUGAAGGUUGAGUUGGAAAAGUAUAGAGAUAACGAUCCGGCUGCCUUUGAAGCAAUGAGAGAAGCAAUUGUAGUUGCCCAGGCAUCGGCAAACAGAUGGACAGACAACAUUUUCACCCUGAGGCAUUGGUGUUCGAACAAUUUCCCCGAGGCUAAGGAACAACUUGAAAAUUUGUACAAGGAGGUUGGUCUAACAGAUGAUUUUGACUAUUUGGAGUUAGUAGCACCAGUCCCACUCAAAGCAGUUGCUGAAUAAUUACUUAGCCUAUCAAUGGCCAAUUGCUUGUUGUCGUGCUGCUCUCAAAUACUGACAAUAAAAUGCAAAGUUGAGCAUUGUCAAUGACAUCCUCUGAGAUGGUAGGUUAUUUUCUAUUCCCCUCUUUCUGUAUUGAUCAUGAAGUUUGAGAAGCACUUUGCUUCCUGUGGCAAAAUAUAUUGCAUUACAGAUUAUUUAUUCUGCCUCUAUCCAA